AAUCGCGCACGUAGGCUAUGUUUGCCAUCUCAAGCAAGAGUCAACUAACCAAUCAAUAGACCUCAAGAUCAAGUCGCGGAUGCUUCGUCUCGGUGAACUCCAGGGAGGACAUUUACAAAGACACCUGGUCUGCACCGCUUUUAUUUGGGAUAUGUUAUAGCGACUGCGAGCUCCCUCGGGCCUGUCCACUCCUCGUCCUGACUCCUCCUCCCGACUCCGUUCCCAUGGCGAUGGGGAUGGAGAACUGGACGGUUAGGAGGGGUAAGUUUGCCCUGCUCCUCGCCCUGUGUUCUGUCUUCAUGCUCCUGAUCCUGAGCUUCCCGGACAUUCGUCUGCUUGUUCCAAGACUGUUCCGACCAUUACCGCCAUCCGCUGACCCUGCCCCCAACCUCGCCUGUGGCGCCGUGGCCGACCAGACCAUCACGCCGCUGGCCCACACCAAACACCUGCUGGUGUCUGCAUUCGCCGACCGGCGGGAGGGGAAGUUCGACGUGCGCAUCAUCGGCAUGUUCCGGCGGGACUCAGUGCAGCCACUCCGCUGUGUCUUCUGCUGCUCCAACCGGACUCUGGCCGCGGGCCAGUCGGCCAGCAAGACCCCCGCCAGGGUCCUGACGCACUCGGACCACUUCGGCUUCCCCUACGGAGCGACGGACGUCCUGUGCCGGAUCCCCGGCGGCUGCCUGGCCACCCACGUCACCCUGGUGCCGGAGGGCCAUGGCCCGGACGCCACCGCCCUCAAUCGCACCUUCCUGCCCAUCAGGAACCAGGGGGGCGGGGGGGCAGCCUCCCUGCCCCAGCUCAACCUCACCGUCUGCAUCUCCAACCUCUUCGGAGACUACAACAACGUCCUGCAGUUCACGCAGACUCUGGAGAUGUACAGGCUGCUGGGAGUCAACCGGGUGGUAAUCUACAACACCAGCUCGGGGCCGGACCUCAGCCGCCUGCUGCACAGCUACAGCCAGGAGGGCUUUGUGGAGGUGGUGCCCUGGCCCAUCGGCCGCCACCUCACCCCGUCCAGGGGCUGGCAGCCAACCCUAUUCCCCGGGGACAUCCACUACUACGGCCAGCUCACCACGCUCAACGAGUGCUCCUACCGCUACAUGGAGCGCUCCCGCUACGUCCUGCUCAACGACAUCGACGAGAUCAUCACGCCCUACCGGCACGGUGACCUGGUGGCCGCCCUGACCAGCCUGCAGCAGCAGCACCCCAAGGCGGGGGUCUUCCUCAUUGAGAACCACAUAUUUCCCAAAAUCCACUUUGAGCCCAGUGGACGGUUCCACCGGCGUCAGUGGGAAGGGGUGCCCGGGGUGAACAUCCUGGAGCACAUCUACAGAGAGGAGCCCAACAGGGCGGUCCACCACCCCUACAAGAUAAUAGUCCAGCCCAGGUCCCUCCAGCAGACCUCCGUCCACUCCGUGCUCCAGAGCUUUGGGGAAGUGGUCCAAGUCCCGCCGGACGUGUGCCGCAUCGUCCACGUGCGCGUCCCCCUGCAGGGUCACCUUACCCUGGACCAGCUCCACGUGGACCAGCGCCUCUGGGACUUCAGCGAGAGGCUGGUCCCCCGGGUGGACUGGGCCCUGAGGAGGGCGGGGCUGCUGAGGUCGGAGGUUACCACGCCCAGCUGAUGGAGGGGGGGCGAGCCACUACUUUCUCUCAAACUUUGGGGUCAAACUGCACAUGGUGGACGGUGUUAAAAUGAGGAAUUGAUUUCUUCAUCAAUUCAGAAGAAGUAACAAGGGGAAGUGGUUUGUUUGUAAUAUGGGUCCCAUGGCUAUUGUACUCUUUUGUACUCAGUACUGAACUGAACAAUAAAAACAAACAAUAAGAUUGA